CAUUUGUUAACAGAGACAAUGAACAGGGCAUUUAUCGCUGAGUAAUUAAAAGAAAACACUUUGAUCAGAUCUCCGUUCUCAGAUCUUGAAACAUUCGGAAUUUGGAUACCGAUUUUUCAAAUUCGGACUAUCCAUAUUUUGUUUCCACAAAAAUAGAUACCAGUCGUGAUUGAUUUUGUUUGGUCUUACGCGCGCUUUUGAUUCGGUGUGAAAUUGGAUCUGAUUGAGCUUACCCUAGAGCUUCACUACGGACCCAAUCAUGAAUCCCUUCUCGUCCGGUACGCGUCUGAGGGACAUGAUUCGGGCUAUACGUGCCUGUAAAACUGCAGCCGAAGAACGUGCAGUUGUGAGGAAAGAGUGUGCUGCAAUUCGUGCUGCAAUUAAUGAAAAUGAUCAUGAUUAUAGGCAUCGCAACCUAGCCAAACUCAUGUUCAUUCACAUGCUUGGUUACCCCACACAUUUUGGUCAGAUGGAAUGCCUAAAGUCUAUUGCAUCUGCUGGAUUUCCAGAGAAGAGAAUUGGGUAUCUUGGCCUUAUGUUGCUUCUAGAUGAAAGACAGGAAGUUCUAAUGUUGGUCACAAACUCAUUAAAGCAAGAUCUCAAUCACACGAAUCAGUAUAUUGUGGGUCUUGCUCUUUGUGCUUUGGGAAAUAUUUGUUCAGCAGAAAUGGCUCGAGAUCUAGCUCCUGAAGUAGAAAGAUUGCUGCAAUUUAGAGAUCCAAAUAUUCGGAAAAAAGCAGCAUUGUGCUCCAUUAGGAUUAUAAAGAAAGUUCCAGACCUAGCAGAAAAUUUUAUCAAUCCUGCUGCUGCCUUACUUAAAGAAAAACAUCAUGGAGUCUUAAUAACAGGAAUCCAACUAUGUACAGAUCUAUGUAAAGUCAGUACAGAAGCCCUUGAAUUUUUCAGAAAGAAAUGCUUGGACAGUUUGGUGAGAACUCUGAGGGAAGUCGUAAACAGUCCAUAUGCACCUGAAUAUGACAUUGCUGGCAUAACAGACCCUUUUCUCCACAUAAGAUUGCUUAGGCUUUUGCGUGUGUUGGGCCAUGGGGAUGUUGACGCCAGUGACUGCAUGAAUGACAUACUUGCGCAGGUGGCAACAAAAACCGAGUCAAACAAAAAUGCAGGGAAUGCCAUUCUGUAUGAAUGUGUUGAAACUAUCAUGAGCAUUGAAGAUAAUGGUGGACUACGCGUGCUUGCUAUCAAUAUCCUGGGAAGAUUCUUGUCCAAUCGUGACAACAAUAUCAGAUAUGUUGCUUUAAACAUGCUGAUGAAGGCUAUUGCGGUAGAUGCUCAAGCAGUGCAAAGGCAUAGGGCAACAAUCUUGGAAUGUGUAAAGGAUUCAGAUGCUUCAAUUCGCAAAAGGGCACUUGAACUUGUUUAUCUUCUCAUUAAUGAGAGCAAUGUGAAACCUUUAACUAAAGAGCUAAUAGAUUAUUUGGAAGUAAGUGAUCAAGAAUUUAAGGGAGAUCUAACUGCCAAAAUUUGCUCCAUUGUCGAAAGGUUUUCCCCCGAGAAAAUCUGGUACAUUGAUCAGAUGCUCAAGGUUCUCUCUGAGGCUGGAAAUUUUGUGAAAGAUGAAGUAUGGCAUGCACUUAUUGUUGUAAUAAGCAAUGCUUCUGACCUCCACGGAUAUACAGUCAGGGCCUUGUUUAGAGCAUUCCAAACAUCAGCAGAACAGGAGUGCCUUGUUCGAGUGGCUGUUUGGUGCAUUGGAGAAUAUGGUGACAUGCUGGUCAAUAAUGUUGGAAUGCUUGAUAUGGAGGAUCCGAUAACUGUAACAGAGUCUGAUGCUGUUGAUGUUGUAGAGAGUGCUAUUAGGCAUCAUAGCUUGGAUCUCACUACAAAAGCAAUGGCUAUGAUAGCUCUUUUGAAGCUCUCUUCACGUUUUCCAUCUUGUUCAAAGAGGAUAAGGGAUAUAAUCAUUCAACUUAAAGGGAGCCUUGUACUUGAAUUGCAGCAGAGGUCUAUUGAGUUCAAUUCCAUUCUAGACAAGCAUCAGAAUAUAAGGUCUGCACUGGUUGAAAGGAUGCCAGUAUUGGAUGAGGCAACCUUCAGCGGAAGGAGAGCUGGUUCUUUGCCACCUACAGUAUCAACUAUGGGUGGGACUUCACUUAGCCUUCCAAAUGGAGUUGCCAAACCUGCUGCAGCUCCGCUUGUGGACUUACUUGAUCUAAGUGCUGAUGAUGCUCCUGCACCAAGCUCCUCUGGUGGUGAUUUUCUUCAAGAUCUUCUUGGUGUUGAUUUGUCACCAGCUUCAGUGCAGUCAGGCACAACCCAGGCUCCAAAAGCUGGGACAGAUGUUCUACUGGAUCUUUUGUCUAUUGGAACACCUCCUUCUGUGCAAAGCAACUCACCUACGCUUGACAUAUUAUCCACUAGUCAGGAUAACAAAACACCAGUUGCCGCAUUAGAUGGACUCAAUUCAAUGCCUUCACUUCCUGCACGCGCUUCUUCUGGAGGAUCUGCUUCAAUGAUGGACUUGUUGGAUGGCUUUGGUCCCACUGACUCACCACCAAAGCCUGAGGACAAUGGUUCAGCUUAUCCAUCUAUAGUUGCGUUCAAGAGCAGUGCCUUAAAGUUAACUUUCGACUUCUCAAAGCCACCUGGAAAUCCACAAACAACAGUGAUUCAGGCCACUUUUACAAAUUUGUCACCUGAUGUUUAUACAGAUUUUAUUUUCCAGGCAGCAGUUCCAAAGUUUCUGCAAUUGCAUUUAGACCCAGCUAGUGGCAACACUCUUCCUGCAAGUGGUAAUGGGUCCAUCACUCAAAAUUUGAGGGUCACCAACAGCCAACAUGGGAAGAAAUCUCUUGUUAUGCGCAUAAGGAUAGCUUACAAGGUAAACAACAAAGAUACUUUGGAGGAGGGACAAAUCAACAAUUUCCCUCGUGAUUUGUAAGAGGUUGAUAAAGUCGUUCAAGAUUUUCAUGCACGAGAUUGUAUUUUUUAUCAACUGAGAAGAAGAUGUUGAUGUAGGAGUUCUUAUUUUUUUCAAUCAACUGAGAAUCAACUUCUUGCAGUCUGUAGUGACAGUGCAAGUCUUUUGUUUCAAAUUUUUCUAUCUGGAGGCUCAAUGGCUUGAAGCAAUGCGUAUGAGGUUUUGCUUGAGUUUGUGAUAUGUUAAAUUUAUUAAUGUUUUUCUUUACACUUUUUCCCGCAUUUAGGCGCGUCAUGUACAUUAUUAUAAAAAUUUUUCUUUACGAAAUUGUGAAUUGCAUUUUGCCUUCGAGUUGUAGAGAAGGAAACUGGUUUCGCAUUGAACUGAACUCUCUGGCUUCCUUGUUUAUGGAUAGUUAUUUGUUAAAUUGAAAUAGAAAUAGUGGUAAAUUAUAUUCUA